AUGUUCGUUUUCAGGCACUUCAUGUACUUUGAGACGUCGAAUGGAUUUUCUCCCAUCACAUACAAGAGCGGACAGCCGUUUUCUGCGCUGGUGAAGCAUUCGAGUGUGGGCCUGACUGGCAGAGAAGUUGCUAAGAGACGAGCUCUGUUCGGGAACAACCUGGCAGAAGUUCCAAUCAAGUCACAUUUCCAGCUCCUCUUGGAUGAAAUCCUUCAUCCUUUCUAUGUCUUUCAGAUCUGGAGUAUUGUGGUCUGGUAUCUUGAACCGUACGUGUUGUAUGCGACUGCGAUAGCUAUCAUCUCCAUCUUCUCAGCGCUGAUCUCGCUGUUCUCAACCAGAAAGAACUUGAUCAAUAUCAGGAACAUGGCUCAGUUUAGCUGUGAUGUGACAGUUCUGAGACGUAAAAGCCCUUCAACGGCACCUGAAAGAAGUUUGAUUUCUUCUGCGGAACUCGUACCUGGCGAUGUGAUCGAGAUUACGGAUGAGAUGACAUUUCCCUGUGAUAUUGUCUUGUGCUCUGGCUCGUCGGUGGUGAAUGAGAGCAUGCUGACGGGAGAGUCUCUGCCGGUCUUGAAGGCCGCGAUACCUGUGCAUAGUGAGAACACAUUUGAUAGCGAGGCAGACAAGCGAUUUGUUCUUUUUUGCGGGACAAAGUCUCUUGAGGCAAGACCAGUGGGGAACAAGAAAGUCACAGGAAUCGUGCUCCGAACUGGGUUUCAUACUGCCAAGGGGCGUCUAGUCCGGUCGAUUCUGUUUCCAAAACCUGCAUCCUUCAAGCUGUAUGCCGACUCCUUUAAGUUCGUCGCUGUGAUGUCGCUCAUGGCCGUCACGUACGACGUCGACAUCCGUGACGUCAUCCUGAAUGCUUGCGACAUCGUCACCAUCGCUGUUCCGCCGGCCCUCCCUGCUGCUAUGACGAUCGGCACGGAGUUUGCUCUCGAGCGGUUGAAGGAAGCUCGCAUCUUCUGCAUCUCUCCCAACCGUGUCAACGUAUGCGGGCAACUAGACAUCAUCUGCUUUGACAAGACUGGGACGUUGACGGAAGAAGGAGUCGAUGUGAAGGGAGUUUUGUCUAUCGACGGGGAGAUGGACGAUGAUGUGAAGGAAGUCACGGACUCUCCUCAUCGCCUGCUGCAGUGUCUAGCGUGCUGCCAUGGCCUGACUGCCAUAGACGGCAAGCUCAUCGGCGAUCCUCUUGACUUGAAGAUGUUUGACGCGACAGGAUGGGAGCUCCACGAACCUCCGGUGGAGAUGCGGCAUGACUCCGUUGUCCCUCCCGUUGUUCGCCCUCGACGAGCGCCAGGGCAGGACCAUGGAGAAUCCCCGGAGUCUGCUGGUGCUGACUCGGUUGGAGGGCUGGCGAUCAUCCGUAGGUUCGACUUCACGUCAGAGAGACAGCGAAUGUCGGUCGUUGCGAGGAGCGAUCACGAGAAAGGGUCCCAUGUCUUCAUGAAGGGGGCGCCGGAGGUUGUCAAGGACCUUUGCGACCCCUCCACCGUUCCUGAAGAUUUCAUGAAGGUCGUUCACAGCUACAGCAAGGAAGGCUACCGUCUACUGGCCUGCGCUCACUAUUACGAUCCCUCGAUGACGUGGCAUCAGGCACUCAAGAUUCCUCGCGACAAGGCAGAGAACGGGCUGAAGAUCAUCGGCAUCCUUGUGCUAGAGAACCGCCUCAAGCCGGAGACAGCCGGGGUCAUAGCUGAGCUCAGACGCGCUGACAUCUCUACAUGCAUGGUCACAGGCGAUCACGCGCUCACUGGCAUUGCCGUCUCUCGCCAUUGCGGCCUCAUCAACAAGGACAAGCGGGUGGUCGUGUCGGAGGUGGGAAGACCACCUGCUCCCUCCAAGCCCUCCAGGGCUCACAGCUACGGAGACCUCGAGCUCGCGGUGUCAGGAGGCCUGGAGGUGCUCGCCGUGCACGAGUCACCAGCGAGCAUGGAGACCUCGCCGACCGCGCAGGCGAGUAGAGGGCAUGUGCAUGCCUAUGAUGAUCAAGAUGCUCUUCGCGCCAUCACCUCCAAGGCUCGAGUGUUUGCAAGGAUGUCGCCGGACCAGAAGCAAGCGCUUGUCGAGACUUUUGCAGAGAUGCACGGGCGGGUGGUCGGGAUGUGCGGAGAUGGAGCGAACGACUGCGGAGCAUUGAAGGCUGCGCACGUCGGGCUCUCGCUGUCAGAAGCAGAGGCAAGCAUUGCUGCUCCCUUCACGGCAUCCGAGGCGAACAUCCGACCGCUUGUUACUCUGAUGCGGGAAGGGCGCGCAGCUCUCGUUACCUCCAUCUCCUGCUUCAAGUUCAUGGCCCUUUACUCCUCCAUUCAGUUCAUCACCGUCCUCCGACUCUACUUGCUCAACACCAACAUGAGCGACUUCCAGUACCUCUGGAUCGAUCUCUUCCUCAUCUUUCCCCUCGCCGUCUACAUGGGCAGGACAGGAGCGUAUCAUCGUCUCUCCCGCAGGAGGCCGCAGGGAAGGCUCAUCUCUUUCUCCGUCCUCUCCUCUGUGCUCGGCCAGACUUUCAUUGCUGGAUGUUACCAGGUAAACUCUGUUCCUCCUCCUCGUCCCCUCUUGCUCCCGCUCCUGCUCCCGCUCCCUCUCGUGCUCCCGCUCCCGCUCUCUCCCCUGCUCCGCUUCUGCCCCUGCUCUCCUCCUUUGUUCCUCCUGCUCUUUCUUGUCCUUGUCGUUUCUUUCUUCGGCUCCACCUCCCUCAACCUCUACUGCUCUUGA